AUGGUCCUGGUUAUUCACGUUUCGCAAGAGAUGGCAAGCAGAAAAUGCAGUGAGGGAACGAUGAAAAUGAUGGUGGUGGACGACGCCUGCGCCUUCGAUUUCUUCGGUCUCGACCCGUUCAAUGCUUCGAAGAAGAAGAGCUUGCCCGUUGGAUGCUUCCGGGCCCAGCUCGCGGUCCAAAAAACGGGUGAGAACGAGAAGAUCUACAAGGUAACCUCAGCCCCCGGCACCGCCUUCAUGAACGCACUCGCCCUCGUCAACGAGGCGCCGGGCGUUGCGGGCGAGAUCAUGGGUAAGUUCUAUGCGGUGUCGUCUUCGCCUUCGCCUGAGAAUCUUUUGGAUCCCGACGCCUUCGAAGGGAUUCGAGAGCUCAUCAAGAAGAACAUGGGCCGAGCUCCCAAAUCCACAAAGGCUAAGACGGUGGCGCUCUUCGAUGCACCUCUUGUGCCCGCCAUCGUGGAGCACCUGCAGUCGGUGGGCGUCAACGACACCUGCAGCCUGCACCUCAUCGAGUACAACGUGCUUUUGUCGGAGGUCGUGCCGUUUUUGAGUCCGAACCACGUCUUUGGCACGAUGAUCGCGUUGAAGCCGCCCCUCAGCAACGCCUACAUUGUUGUGAAUGAGUGCGUGCUUGGCCAUGUGAAGAUGGAGCACGACAUCUCCAAUGACGAAAGGGACCCGAUGUUUCACUUCAACAACUGGAAGGUGCAGCAGCUUGAGGAUCAGAUUGAUAUGAUGGAGAACGACCUCGCUGACAAGAAGAGAUGCCUUCGUGGCUUCAAGGAAAGCAUGGCAAAGUGA